UUUAGCUUAUUAUUUUAUUGUCCGGAAUUGGCUUCCCAUUCACACUCACAUUGAAUUUAUUCUUAUUAUAUUAAUACUUAUAAUUCUGUCUUCUUUUAAGCUUCCCUGUUUGACUUUAUACCAUCCUUCUGGUUUAUGGUUCUGGGCAUUUCUUCAGUAUUAUUUCUUUUGCUUACAGGUGGACUUAGAACCUCAGGGGAAGCUACACGUGGUGAUUGAACUAAAAUGGGCACCACCAGAAGAUGGAGGCGUCCGCCCACGAGAAUUCAGGGAACGGCAGGGCUUCAACCGGCGACGGGGUGCCAUGAGGAGGAGGGUUCAUCAGGUCAAUGGUCACAAAUUCAUGGCUACGUUCCUACGGCAACCUACAUUCUGCUCGCAUUGUCGAGAAUUCAUUUGGGGUCUAGGGAAACAAGGAUAUCAGUGUCAAGUAUGUACUUGCGUAGUCCACAAACGCUGUCACCAGUCGGUUGUCACACGAUGUCCAGGAAGCAAGAGUGAGACCAUCAAUGAGGAACCUUCAGUCCAGGGAAGUUGUCAACCGCGAUUCAACGUCAAUGUGCCACAUCGGUUUUCUGUUCACUCCUACAAACGGUUCACAUUCUGUGACCAUUGUGGCUCAUUACUUUAUGGCCUUAUUCGUCAGGGUCUCCAAUGUGAAGUAUGCAACAUGAAUGUUCACAAGAGAUGCCAAAAGAAUGUAGCCAACAAUUGUGGGAUAGACGUAAAACAGUUAUCAGAAAUUCUAGCCACCAUGGGUAUACGGCCCCAAGAUGAAGCAGCCAAACGCAAGAAGAAGUCUGUUAGUGAGACUAAGUUAUCAUCGGCCACCGCCCCUGUUAGUGUCCCAGGAAUCAUCGGAGAAGUUGAAGUCCCAGGUGAAAUGAAUGAGGAAGAGCUAAGACUAAGGAUUGAAGCUCAGCGUAUCAUGGACAAGAAGAUGAAGGAACGCUGUGCAGAAGAAGGACUAGAUGCCAAGUCAAAGCCACACGAUACUUCUUUAGAUGUCAUGCUUGGUGGGAAGAAGGUAGACCUGGAUGACUUCUCAUUCAUUAAAGUGCUUGGCAAAGGAAGCUUUGGAAAAGUAAUGCUAGCUGAACUCAAAGGGACAGAUGAAGUCUAUGCCAUCAAGGUGCUUAAGAAAGACGUGAUCCUACAAGAUGAUGAUGUAGAAUGUACAAUGACUGAGCGGCGGAUCUUAGCGAUGGCUGCCCACCACCCCUUCCUCACUGCCCUCCACUCUUGCUUUCAAACCAAGGAUCGAUUAUUCUUUGUUAUGGAGUAUGUUAACGGUGGCGACCUAAUGUUCCAAAUUCAGAAGGCUCGCAAGUUCACAGAGUCACGUGCAAGAUUUUAUGCAGCUGAGGUCACGUUGGCCUUACAGUUCCUCCAUAAAAAUGGUGUUAUUUACAGAGAUUUGAAAUUAGAUAAUAUUCUACUAGACAGUGAAGGACAUUGUAAAAUAGCUGAUUUUGGUAUGUGUAAGGAAGGCAUCAGGGAUAAUAUUACAACAACCACCUUCUGUGGAACACCAGAUUACAUUGCACCAGAGAUUCUUAAAGAGUUGGAUUAUGGUGCAAGUGUUGACUGGUGGGCACUAGGAGUUCUCAUGUAUGAAAUGAUGGCAGGACAGCCACCAUUUGAGGCUGAUAAUGAAGAUGAUCUCUUUGAGUCCAUCCUGCAUGAAGAAGUUUUGUAUCCAGUUUGGCUUUCAAAGGAAGCAGUUUCUAUACUGAAAGGGUUUAUGACAAAGGAACCAUCCAAGCGGUUGGGCUGCGUUGCAGAGCGAGGAGGAGAAUUGGCAAUUCGUAACCACAAAUUCUUCCGAGAGAUAGACUGGGAGGCUCUGGAGCAGCGCAAAGUUAAACCACCAUUUACACCCAAGAUAAAAGGACGUAAGGAUACAGUCAACUUUGAUGCAGAGUUUACCAAGGAAGAGCCAACUCUCACCUUUAUUAAUGAAGAAGUUGUUCGUGCUAUCAACCAAGACGAGUUUAGAGGAUUUUCUUUUGUUAAUCGUGAAUUUAAGUCCAUGGCGGCUGCACCAUGUCAAACCUAAGUGCAAAUGCAGCACAGUACAAAGUGCUAAAGUCUCCCCAGGAAACUUGAUGUGCAGACUAUAUGAGAGGAUUCUUUAGGGAAGAAAGCAGAUGAAGGAAGGGAAAAAACAGUGAAUAAUAGUAGGAAAGAUUUCAAAUUUGACUGCACAAAGAGUUGAAUGUCUCAACAAGCACAACUGAGAAUGGCUGUAUUGUGAUUAACAUUGUAUAUCUAAUAAUACUCUUUAUGAUGGAUUUUUUUCAUUAUUAAUAUAGUAUUUUAUUUUUUUUUUUGCAAAAGAUUCUAAUAUGGAAGAUCUCUGAAUUUAUAAGUUACAAUAUUUUUAAAUAUAGAUAUAUUUCAUGAUGGAAAGAUAUUACAUGGGAGCGUUGUAGAGAUUUUUUUUUUAAAUUGAAGAUAGUAUUUAUAUAGUGUUGUUCUGUAAAUGCAUGAUGCAUUUGGAAUAUGAUAGGAAGAUACAAAGUUCGUAAGGAAUUUUACAAAGAAUGAUUCUAAUGUUUAUUUAUUUUUUACUGACUUCUUUCAGUGUAUUGUUAGGGAAAAUUGCCAACUUUUGAACUUCCAGUUCUGGAGGUUUGAAGGAUAUAUAUUGCAUUUUAAUGCAGUAAGCACUUACUAUAGAUAAUCAACCUAUGAGGCUCAUGAUUUAGCACAUGUAAAGAAAGGGAAAAGGAAGUGAAAUUGAAAGUUAUAACCUUUGACUAAAAUUGCUUGUCCAGUUAUGGUACCAGAUGAUUCCAAAAGGCUAGUAAGAAGUGCACAAAAGAUAACUAGCAUCAGGAUAAUAUUUAAUGUCUGGCAGUGGAAAGAAACUUGGAUGCAGGUAUGGGGGAGACCAGAUGUAGGACCAUACAACUCAUAUUAACUUUUGGCCCUCUUUUGUAUUGUUUCUAGGUCACUCAGUCACAUAAACAUACACUCAUGUACACUCACAUGCUAUAACACACUCACAAUCAAACAAGCGCAUAAAAAUAUUUUAUAUUCUUGAAGUGGUGGAAGCCCUCCUCAUAUAUACUUAUGGUGCAAUAUGCCAAAGAAAAUGGGCUUGACGAGUCCUUAUUAAUGUGCAUCAAUCACAAGUGUUUAGAUUAUACUUAAUAAGUUGCCAGGUGUUUUGCAGUCCAAUAUGAAAACAGAAGAUGUUUGUUUGUAUAAGACUGUAUGCUUCCAGUUCUGAAUUUAGUGGUAUUCAGGGUUGUCUAAUGUAUGGAAUCAUUUCUCCCCCACAACAUUUGGUCUUUCCCAUCAUGCAUUCUUAACCUUAGUGACUCUUAUCUACGCACAAUUUACAGGCAAGUGGCAAGAUCAGCUUUUUUUGAGUCAUUGGUGGCAUUUCAGUAAGUUUACUUUUCCCCCCCACCUAAGUUAUGAUACGGGAAAUUAUUGCUUAUUAAACGCUCACCAACCAGGUUCAAUGUAGCUGUUCUGAUCACAGCUCUGUACUACAGACAUCCAGGUAGUGGAUAAACUAUACUAUUGUAGCCAAUGUGGUAAUGUGCUUUUAUAGUUCUCAAAUGGCAUACAUUUAUUGUGUGUCUUCUCUUCUUCCUCAGCAGAUUAAAAAAGAAAAAAAAAAAAAAGGGCAAGAUCGUUGUUAAAAAACGUACCCUAAAAACUUGAAUGAUAUGAAUAAGGUUCAAGUCAGAACUACAUAAGGUCCACAGUUUAUUGACCUACAUAUUGAGCUUAGACCAGUAUUGCAUUUCAUAGAAAGGAUAAAUAAGUUUUCCAUCAUAUUCAUGACCAUAAGAGGGAAGCAAAAAAAAUAUAAAGAAAAAAAAAAAAAGGGCAAGAUCGUUGUUAAAAAACGUACCCUAAAACUUGAAUGAUAUGAAUAAGGUUCAAGUCAGAACUACAUAAGGUCCACAGUUUAUUGACCUACAUAUUGAGCUUAGACCAGUAUUGCAUUUCAUAGAAAGGAUAAAUAAGUUUUCCAUCAUAUUCAUGACCAUAAGAGGGAAGCAAAAAAACAUAUAACAUUAAAAAAAAACAAAAAAAACAUAUAACUCUCAGUGCGUAGUAGAGGGGAACAGAAACCCCUCCCACUCCCCAUCCCCACCCCACCCCACCUCUGAAUGUUGGUGUGUGUGUGCGCAUCUGUGUUAAGUCCCAGGCGGUGGUGUGUGUGUCGCAGCCAAUUUAGAGGUUGUAGAACAGCCGCUUAGCCAAGACAGUCGUGUGGGUAAAACUGUCCCCAACUCACAUGGGUCUUAAUGGUCCAGAAGUCAACUUUGAUUAAUGGAUUUAUCUGUAAAAGUUUACUUCCAUUAUAAUUUGAUCUGUCCAGCAUAACUUGUGCAGGACAAUGAAGGUGCUGGAUUUCUUAAUAUUUCACUACAGUAACUGCUGAAAAAUCAUAUUGAGUACACUUCCAUUAAGUAAAGAGGUUGAUUUAAAUGUGAGUUACCACUUCUAGAGACUCCCAAUAAGUAGUUUUUUUUUUUCUUUUUUUUUCUCUAAUUGUAACAUAAUAUAUACUCCAUUGAGAUUCUUGGAGGUGGUGGGAUACCCCGUAAAUGCUAGUGUUGGCUAUGGCCUCAGGUUAGUGAGUUGAGCCAGUGAUGCUGCGACCCGUCACCGCUGUGUCUUCUAGCAAAUCUUCCAAUGGUUCACGCCUGUUGAUUAUUUUAUUUUUUGGUAGUGUGGUAUAAUUGUUGUGAUGUGGACAGCCAGAUGUGGGGCAAGUCUCCCCCAGCACUCCCCAGUGCUUCUUUGCCCUGCAUUUGUGUGUGUCCACAGUAUUUUAAUAAACUCCUGCCCUUGUCCCCAGCCCACUGCUUACGGUCUGGCCUGGGACAGAGGUGUUGGAAAUGUGUCACUCAGCCGCUGGGGGCCUGGGUCCAGUCAUGAUUGUGGCCCUCAGCAGGCCAUCUAAGUCACUCUUGUCAUCUGCCUUAUCGUCUUUCGCACAAAGAAGGAAUUUUGUUGUGACUGGUGGGUGAGCAUGAUGGAGGGCAGGCAGUGGUCCGUCUCCCCCAGGCGGCGCAUGUCGCUGUCACCACUGGCUGCCUCAGGUUGCUGUAUAGACCUGUGCACCCCAAACCAUGCCCGCUGUCUCUGUGUGCAAUAUUACUUGGCCUCGGGUCAGAGUAGCCAUUCACUGGUAACGUUUGACUCCUAGGCCAAGAUUGGUGUGGUACCUGUGAUGCAUCCAUCCUCGCACACCCACCUCCAAGGCAGUGUUCUACAACCAUUCUUGACUCAUUACCAUAUCUCAUAGCCCAGAAAACAUUGGUAUUGCAACAAGGCCAAAGAUAGUAGAUAAUGUACUGGUAGAAAAGAAUCAAAUCUUGUAGUGUGCAGUUUUGCUGUCUUCAUUGUUUGUGUUGUGGUCAAAAUCUGCGUUGUUAAGUAGAUAGUUGUCUUGUGAGCUGCUUACAACUCAAAGCCAGGAACGCUUGUUUGUUUGCAGUCCAACAGACAGUCAUGGGCAGAUGGCCUUUUGCAGUCACAUUAUAAGCCUUAUAAGGCUCCAUCUUUGCUUAGAAGGUUUGCGAUUUGCAACCUUUGUCAAGACCAUUAUUAUGGUGAAGACCUUAACAAAGGGUCUCUUAGGAGCCUUGUGCAGUAUUCCAGAGGUUUAUUGCACUUCAGCGUCCUGGUCAGGUGAGAUGUGCUUUUUUUGCUGUAGUCUGCAAGUAAGUGGCUACUGCAUGCUGUGAAUCUGAAAAAUCUGCAUUCACAGCAGAAUAAGCUGUGUUUCUCUGCUAAUAUCAUAGGUCUGCUUGAUAAAACCUGUAAGCAAGCAGUGUGCUGACCAUUAAUGCUCUCUAGACAAGACUUUGUGUUCAUUAGUAUUGCAGUGGGUAGCAUAUACUCUACAAUACAGUGAGCUGUGGAGAAAACUUCCAGCUCACUACUUGAGUGGUCAGUGUCUGAUAGCCAAGUCUACCAGAAAGCUGGAGUAAGAAUUUCCAGUUGUAGUUUUUCAUUAUGCUUACCAUUUGACUUCCAGUGGAGCAGUUGGUAGUAUAAAAUUAUGUGUAAGACAUGAGUGCUACACCAGUGAAGAGUCUUACAAGAAAUAAGCUUUUUUAUUGUCUGGUAUGCUUUCCUCCCCCUGUACCAGAUAGGACUAGUGAAUGGUUGCUAAAGCUGCUUUUUAGUAGCUGGAGUCAAAUUGGGGGAAAGAGAAUCCUAAGUAGUACUUGGACCUUCACGUUGCAUUUCUCACAGCCGUUCCGCUGCUGUAGGCUGGAACCUUACAGAAGUGUUUAGGAACAUCUCUCUAUUCUGGAUGGUCCAGGCUUAGGGAAAGAUUAGAUUUUUUUCUUAUUUGAAAUGUAAGGUAAUAAUUUUCAUAACAAUAAUGAUUAUAAUAGGGUAAUGAAAUUAUCAUAAUUUUUCUACAGUAAUUAUCAUUUAUUUUAAUUACUCUCAUAUUUAAAUUAUUGUCUCCAUCAGAAGCUGAAAUAUGUAAUUGGGCUUAUACGACAAUUUUCAGAUAAGGACACAAGUGUUUCACUUUAGAAGCUUCUGUAAGUCAUAACUUUUAUUAGUAGCGGUUUGGAGUGGAAAUGACAACUAGGAGUAGUCUUUUUCUGAUCCACCUUAAAGCAACACUGUAUUACAGAGCCCAAUUCCCAGAAGGGCUAAACUCAAAAGGUGGACCCAUAUUCUCAUGGUGUCCUUUACAAAUUAUAGCCCAAUUAGUAGUGCAGUCUAACUUAUAAAGCAGCCUAAGUUACUGUAUGGUCAAAUUCAGAAUGGGGCUGUGCUUUAGUGAGGUGCAUUUAAACAGGACUUCACUUCGGUGAGGCCCUUCCUCUUUAGGAUCUUGCUUUAGUGAGGCCCUCUUCAUGCAGGGUGCUGCUUUAGUGAGGUCCUUAUAUCGGACCCUUAUCUAGUGAGACCCUUCGUAAUGCAUGACUCAACAUAGGUGAGGCCUUACUCUUUACAGGGUUUACUUCAAGUUCUGCUUGCAGAUUUGCCCAGAAUUAGUGAGACCCUGUAAAUGGUUUGCUACUUUUGUGAGAUUAUGCUUUUGUUGGGCCACAGUUAAAGAUAGAUCAUUUCAGUGGACUUCAGUAAUAACCAUGGAGUUAUUCUCUUUUGAGGUUCCACUUACAAAUGAUGAGUACUUUUAGAAGCCUCUAUUAAGUGACAGGGCCCAAGUCACAGUGAAUCCCUACUGUGUAGUAGAACUAGAUUCACUGUAAAGAUCAAUAUGCAUAGGUUAGGAAAAAUGAGGCACAAGUACUACAACAACUUGUUUGCUAUAUGGGGUAUAUUACCAUAGGACCCAGUUCUCAGUAAGACCAACUGAAUUGGGGUCAGAAUCAUAACAAGGUCGUAAAUCUUCAGGGGCCCCUGAGUCAGAAUGAGGCCAAGGUUACUGUGGGACCCAGCUAACACUAAGGUCUUAACAAAAUAAGAUCAAGAUAAUAAUGAAACCCAGCAGUUUAGGGCCCAGUCAACAAUCAGACCCAAUUUUCAUUGGGAUCCGAUCAACAGUAAGGCCAACAUAAAGUGGGAACCGACGAACAAUAAGGCCAACAUUCAGUGGGACUCGACCAGCCGUGAGGCCCUAGUGCACAGUCGGAACCUGCUCACAGUGAGGUCCAUCAACAGUGGGACAAACUCGCUGUGAUCAUCAGUAUUCUUCCCUUCCUCAUCAUCUGGGUGCUCUAGGGUAGGGCUGGUGCACAAAACAAAAGCUGUGUACAAAGUAUUUGCAUAGGAUGCGAUUUUGCAGUAUGCAUGUGCGAUCUGGCAGUUUCCUCCCUUUCCCUCCCCUCUCCCAUAAAAAGGUGCUUAUAAAUCCAGCACCUAUCAGGAUGAAUAAUAGGCUGGACAGAGCACCAAAUUCUUUUGUUCCCUGUUCCAGUAGAGAGCACCCAGCCUAUGUUGAAUACACAAAAACCUCAAUCCCCAGUCCUUGUAAUCCCACCCUGUAAUACAAUCAUUCAUGUCGUCAUUGGUAUUGUACUUAAUUGCAUUUUCAUAACUUUAGUUUGGAUCUUAAGCCAAAGAGAUUGAUGUUAGCUGUAGAUUGAUAGACAUUUUAAUAGAUACAUGAAUUGUUCCCAUAACUAUUCUAUUUGUAAAUGUUGGUCUGAGAGAGAGAGUGGAUGUUGGUGUGUGUGUAUGCUGCUGAGCUACGGUGGGUUGGAAAGAAGGACAAAGCAGGAUGGGUUUAAAGGCAUUGGAAUUAUGGGAAAUAAGAAUUAACGCAAAAUUAAAUUUUAAAAUCAAGUUUACCAAUUUAAUUCACUCAUACAUAUAUGUGUACAAGCAUGCAUGCACUUGCAUUCCAUCACACAUUCACAUACACAUGUAACUUGUAUGUAUGUGUG